UCUUUCCCUCCCUCCGCCGUCCCCUCCGCCUGAUAUAAAGAAAGACGGCGACGACGACACUUUCUCUCUCUACCAAGAAGCUCCAUUUCCAUCUCCCUUUCUCUCUCUAGCGUCUCCGUCGUCUCGCCACGGGGAUGAGGAGGGAGGAGGAGGAGGAGGUGGAGGAGCAGGAAGCGGAGAUCGACCGCCUGCCCGUCGACGUGCUGGCGCAUGUCUUCUUCAUGAUCCCGUCCUUCGCGGAUUUGGCGAGGGCGAGCGGGGUGUGCAGGAAAUGGAAGCGCGCGGUGAAGCUGUCGCUGGGGCGGAGGGAGAGGCUCAGCUUCGCGGGGCUGAAGAUGGACGACGAUUCCACCUCCCGCGUCGUUCGCCGCGCAUACGCCCUCCGUGAACUCGACAUUUCAAAGAUUUGUUGGGGCUGCCAUAUUACCGAUGAAGGGCUGUCCAGAAUUUCAAUGAUGAAAUGCGCGGGGAAGCUUACGUCCAUCUCUCUGUUGGGGAUGACAGGGGUCACCGACCAAGGUGUUGCUAAGCUGAUUGCAAGAGCUACUGCUUUGCAACAUCUGAAUAUCGGCAGCACAUUCAUCACCGAUGAAUCAUUAUAUGCGAUUGCCAAUAGCUGUCCACAUCUGAAGAGCAUUUCCCUAUGGAGCUGCCGUCAUGUGACUCAGAACGGGCUUCUUUUCCUUGUAAAUAGAUGUCGCAAACUCGAAUCAAUCAAUGUCCGGGGAACAAGAGUUCCUUUAGAUUGUUUCGUCAAUCUGCUCACCAUAAAUCCAGGUCUUCAGAUGAAAUAAAACAAAUACAACUAUUCUCAAAGUGUUACGAUGGUCUCUUUUGGCCGGCAAAGCUGUACAUGAUUCUUCCUGCUGUGUCGGCAAAGCUGUACAUGAUUCUUCCUGCUGUGUCGUAAUUGCUUUUGUAUAGAUUUAUACAAUUGUAAAGAAGAAACUGAUGAGCCCUGGUGAACUUAGGUUCAUCAGCAGCAAUAAGAUGUGUAUGUGGAUUUAUUCAUCUCUUCAGUAAUAAAAGGAUUUCCAAGUAAA